GAGGCCUAUUUGACACAAGAAUAGAAUAUCAAGAAAGAGAUCCCUUUUUUGGUUCGCCCUCCCCACUAGGGCGAACAAAAGCCAAACUACAAAUUGUCUGAUCUUCCGCAUCCUCAUCCACACGGACAGCAUCAUCUCCAUCCUAUCUCUCUCUCAAAGUUAGCCACUGCAGCAGACUAAAGCAGAAUGUGUGACGACGAUAUUGCCGCACUCGUUGUAGACAAUGGCUCCGGCAUGUGCAAGGCCGGUUUCGCCGGUGAUGACGCUCCCAGGGCUGUCUUCCCAUCUAUUGUUGGCCGACCCAGGCAUCAGGGUGUGAUGGUGGGUAUGGGUCAGAAGGACAGCUACGUUGGGGAUGAGGCCCAGAGCAAGAGGGGUAUUCUCUCUCUCAAGUACCCCAUUGAGCACGGCAUCGUCACCAACUGGGAUGACAUGGAGAAGAUCUGGCAUCACACCUUCUACAAUGAACUCCGUGUAGCCCCCGAAGAACACCCCGUCCUUCUCACUGAGGCUCCACUUAACCCCAAAGCAAACAGAGAAAAGAUGACUCAGAUCAUGUUUGAGACAUUCAACAGUCCAGCAGUGUAUGUGGCUAUCCAGGCUGUCCUCUCCCUCUACGCAUCCGGCAGGACAACCGGUAUUGUGUUGGACUCUGGUGAUGGUGUCUCCCACACCGUCCCCAUCUAUGAAGGUUACGCCCUCCCCCACGCCAUUCUUCGUCUGGACUUGGCCGGACGAGAUCUUACAGACUACCUCAUGAAGAUUCUGACUGAGAGGGGAUACUCCUUUGUCACCACAGCUGAGAAAGAAAUUGUAAGAGACGUCAAGGAAAAGCUGUGCUACGUAGCUCUGGACUUCGAGCAAGAAAUGGCCACCGCUGCCACCAGCUCCACCGCUGAGAAGUCCUACGAGUUGCCAGAUGGUCAGGUGAUCACCAUCGGAAACGAGAGGUUCCGAACACCCGAAGCUCUCUUCCAGCCAUCCUUCAUCGGAAUGGAAUCUGCUGGCAUCCACGAGACCACCUACAACUCCAUCAUGAAGUGCGACAUCGAUAUCCGUAAGGACCUGUACGCCAACACCGUCCUGUCCGGAGGCACCACCAUGUACCCCGGUAUUGCUGACAGGAUGCAGAAGGAGAUCACCUCCCUCGCCCCCAGCACCAUGAAGAUCAAGAUCAUCGCACCCCCUGAGAGGAAAUAUUCCGUCUGGAUCGGAGGAUCCAUCUUAGCCUCACUCUCCACAUUCCAACAGAUGUGGAUCUCAAAGCAGGAAUACGAUGAAUCUGGUCCAUCUAUCGUCCACAGGAAAUGCUUCUAAAUUCUUUUUUUUCUUCUUCGUCAUCCACCACAUCAUUCUGAUUCCAAUAUGAAAAAAAAUGACUUUUAUGGCUUUGAGAUGAAAUGAAUAUAUUUACAGUUGUAACAAAAUGUAAUAAAAAAUCGAUUGGUACCAUCUUA